AUGCGUCGCCAUCGUUUCACCAGAUCCACUGCUGAAAAUCGAACCUCCACCACCAAAUCUGACCCGGCGAGACCCCACCGCACAAGACAGACUCACCAUCACAACACACCAUACCGCCACCACACCUUCAGACCGUCUUUAGAGCGUCGGCUAGCAUUCUAUUUUAGAACUGAGAGCCAACCUGAAUCAUUCAACAUCGACAUAUAUGUACCUCCGGAUGAGCGGUUUAGCCCUAAGAAACUAUCAGAGUUCAUAUCAAAUGUAAUCCAGGCAGCUGGGCGUUUUGUUAUGCUGGAGGCAAAAGCAAUGUUCAAAGAGGGGUCGAGUCAUUUUGAGUCCUUCAAUGAGUUACAGCAGUUGUUUACUACUACUAGGGUCCAAGGAGUGGAAGAGCGGGUAGUGAAGAUUUUGAAACCUGCAGUGCCUAAUGAUCUUCUUCAAAAAAUUAAACAAGUAAUCAAGAAGAACCCAGUGAAAUCUCCGCUUCCUGAAAUCAUAGCAGGGAACAAGUUUGCAUGGAUGAAUGAUGACGAAUUUGGGCGACAGAUGCUUUCAGGAAUUAAUCCAACUGUAAUCCAAUGUUUGCAGAGGUUCCCUCCAAAAAGCAAAAAGGGAGUAUGGAGUUUAAUAAAGCAAUCAGACAUAGAACAAAACCUCGAUGGCCUGACCGUUCAAGAGGCAAUGAACCAAUGUCGGAUUUUCAUCUUGGAUCACCAUGAUUAUCUCAUGCCAUUUUUAAGCAGAAUAAACACUGAAGGUAUACGUGCUUAUGCUUCCCGAACUCUACUAUUCUUGAGAAGCGAUAACACACUGAAGCUGUUGGCCAUAGAACUGAGCUUGCCUAGUUCUUUACCUCGUAUGGAGAUCAACAGAGUGUUCUGUCCAGCAAUUAAUGGGACAGAGGCCGCGCUGUGGCAACUUGCAAAAGCUCACGUAUUAGCCAAUGACUCCAGUCACCAUCAACUAAUCAACCAUUGGUUAAAAACUCAUGCAGUAAUUGAGCCAUUUAUCAUUGCCACCAGAAGGCAUCUGAGUGUGAUGCAUCCAAUUCACCGGUUACUUGAUCCUCAUUUCAAAGACACUAUUCAAGUGAAUGCAUUGGCUCGAUCUAUGGUCGUAAAUGCUGGAGGCAUACUUGAAAAGACACUAUUUUCUGGUCCUAUCUCUAUGGAGUUGUCUUCUGCUCUGUACAAGAAAUGGAGAUUUGAUGAACAAAGCCUCCCUAUGGAUUUGAUCAUAAGAGGAAUGGCCAUAUACAAUGAAAAUCUGCCAGCAGGAGUUCAACUUCUUUUUGAGGACUAUCCGUAUGGUUCAGAUGGACUGGAUAUUUGGAUCGCCAUUGAGAACUGGGUGACAGAAUUUUGUUCAUACUUCUACAAGGAUGAUGAUUCUGUUAGUUCUGACUAUGAGAUGCAAAACUGGUGGUCAGAAAUCCGAAAUGUAGGUCAUGGCGACAAACGCAAUGAAACGUGGUGGUACUCGCUGACAACUCUCGGAGACAUAAAACAGGUUUUAACAACUCUAAUAUGGACUGUUUCAGCUUUUCAUGCUGCAGUAAAUUUUGGACAAAAUAUGUAUGCUGGUUAUCCACCAAAUCGCCCUACGUCCUGUAGAAAGUUUAUUCCAGUUGAAGGGACACACGAGUUUGCUGAAUUUCUUAGGGAUCCUGACAAGUUUUAUUUCAAUACCUUACCUACAAGGUCUGAGAUGACUCUUAGCAUAGCCUUGGUCGAGGUUCUGUCACGGCACAUGUCUGAUGAUGCGAACUUAGGUCAAGAGCUGUCACCUAAGUGGAUAGAUGAUCAAAGGAUUCAUCAGAGCUUCAAGAAGUUUGCCCAUGAACUUAAAGAAGUGGAGAAAAAGAUCAGAGAGAGAAAUGGAGAUCCAAAGCUUAAGAACAGACAAGGACCUGCUAACAUUGAAUAUGAGCUUUUAUAUCCUGGUACGUCAUCAAAUAAGGGAUCAGAUGGAGGCAUCACUGGAAGAGGAAUCCCUAAUAGUAUAUCUGUAUAAAAUCUUAGAAGUUUGAAUGUAUCACUCACACUCACUAUAUGUAGAAUAUUGAUUCAUGAACAGGUUGAAUAUAAACUCUUAGAGAUUC